AUGCACCGGGAGCUUGGCCACUUGAAGUUAUGCCAACAAUACGUCAGCGGCAUGCAGUCAGUCCGCAUAGGCCGUGAGCAACCUGGAGAAGAGCCUAUAUUCGCAGUCGAUCGGACCGCAAAUGGAUCCAAGAAAGUGAACUGGACCGAUGGUGCGGUGUGGAUGUAUUACAGAGCUCUAGUCACUGGCCCGCCGUACGUUGAAAGAUUUCCGUGCCGAGAGGUCGUUGAUGAUGACACCGAGCUUGAUACUGAAGUCGCCAUGGAUGUGGGUGACCUGCUGAAUCAUCCUAAUCUAGUCCAGCUUCUCGAGUAUGAUGACACCGAUGGGACUAGGACGAGCAAGCGGACGAAGUGGGAGUACUGUAAUGCUGGAACACUCAAUCAGCUCAUCCUCGUGCAAGACGGCGAAGGACUUCCAGAGUCUUUCAUUUGGCAUACCAUUAUCUCACUUCUGCGCGCUAGCACCUACCUCGUGACCGGCCGUCAAGCUCUCACAGCCACAGACUGCCAACUCGCGGAUGAUCUCGAACCCAUACGAGGCUGGAAGCCAAUCUCGCACAACUUCAUUCAUCCUGCCAACGUCUUCUAUUGCCAUCCUAAGCCAGUCGCCGGUUUCAAGAAUCUUACAUACGGCACAUGUAAGCUAGGCAACUUCGAAAAAUGUACUGUCUUCAAGAAUUGGAACGAUAAACGCGACGUCAUCCAGCUAUGGGACCAAGAUCUGGAGGGUGAGUAUACUGGUUACGAGGCACCAGAACUCAGCAGUUACUGGCCUCAAGCUGAAAUCGCACCAGGUGGUCUGGGCGAUGUCUGGUCCAUAGGAGCUUGCGCAGUAGCAAUGAUGACCAGCCGACCAAUUUGGGAACUAGUGAUGAGACAGGACAUCACUUCCGACAUGAUAUCUCGUCGUGAUGAGGACUGGCGUACUGUUGUACCGACGGAGCGUUUCAACCGACUGGCGGCCAUGUGUCGACCGGAUCUUCCUGCGGGUUGUACGACCCUGCAGCAGGCACUACCUUUCACUUACUCGCCAGUCUUGAGAAGUAUUGUAGAGCAGAUGGUGUUUCCUGGACAGUAUCGUCCACCGCCAGAGUUCUUGUUACCGCAGGUCAUGGAGGAGUUUGCUUUGCAUUGCGGGAGAGCGGAGGGCUUGAGCUUGAGGGCCAUGGACGAUGUGAGGGAGCAGUUGAUCGAUGCACAAGCGGAGCUGGUGAUGACUCGCGAAGCAGGCGACGCCGAGACCGCAAAGACGCUGAGAUCUGAUACCAUACCAUUGCUGGAGGAGAGGCUCGCAAACGGCGUUCGCGGGCAGGACACAUACGGCUCUGCCGAAGAGUAUGUCUCUGAUCUUGAAAUUGAGGACGCUGUGCUCGGCUAG